UUAUCAUUCAGUUUUAAAUCGUUCUAUCGACGAGAGCAAGAAGCAAUUUAAUUUGUGAUAAAAGUUGGAGGAAAAGUUAAACUUAAACAAAAUGAAGAAUCUCAUCAUUGCCUUUGCUCUUAUUGCUGCCGUCACCUGCGAUGUAUCUCAUGUCGUGCAAGGAGAUGGAUGGUACAAGGACGAAACUGGAUAUCACUACAUUGAACCAGCACCAAAAUUAGAUGCCGUUGAGGAGCCAGUCAUUGAAGUUGGAGCAUUUGCACCAUACUCAGUCCCAGAAGUCCAAGACGAAGUUGUUGAAAUUGUUGAAGAAAUUGUCCCAACCAAGGAAGACGAGUUGCGUGAAUAUUUGCCACCAAAACAAGAGGAAUUCAAGAGGAAGAGACAAAUUCCAGUCCGCAGAAACAAGAUCGUUCGUCGUUUCGUUAGAAGACACUAGACUAAAUCAAUAAGCUAAAAUAAAUUGACGACCAUGGCAAAUGAAUAUGGACAUGCGA